CGAAACGUAACUAAAGUUAUGAACGGCGUCCGUUUGUAACGUCAUGUCGUGUUUAUGAAUUUGAAAAUAUUUACUUGUGAUCUGAGUAUUUUAUACUUUUAGAGUUUUAAUUAUACCCCUGUGAAGUGGUUAAAGUGAUAAUAAUGGAGAACUCUAUGAAUGAAACAGAAGCACAGCAGUCCUUUCGAUCGCCACCGAGAAGGAGACGCUCAACAUUUUUCGAACGAAGAGACUCAAUAGUUCCACACACUAUGUCAGAAAAUAUUAACCCUAAUAAGAAAGAAUCAGAAGUAGCUGAUAGACAAUCUGAGGACAUGAUGAGGUAUUAUCAAAAACUGAUGGCAGAAAAAGAGAUGUGGAAAAAGGAAGUGAAUGAUAGGAGAAACAAAUACCAUGACCUAAGGCAACAAUACCAAAUAGCAGCGAAAGCGUCCAGCAGAUCAAGAAUAUCUUACUCAGCAUUAUCAAAUGAAGACAUAGAAUUUUUAAAAGGAAAACCAAACAUAUCCAAACUUGUUGACAGUCAACAAAAGCUACACAAAUCUGUACUUGAGACCCGUUCACUGUACCAACGAUCCAAUGAGUUGGAUAAUGUUUUACUGGCACAGAGUGAGAGCAUUGUCAACAGAGUGACAGAGUAUAUACUAGAAAACAGUACUGUCGGUCCUGUGGAAUGAUUUAUAAAGUGUUGUUAUUGUAAAUAGUUUAUAUAAAGAUUGACUGCUGGUUUCUGAUGAUGAAUGUUAAAAUUAGAUCAUCAAAUUUCAUGUACAGUGCCAUGCUUGUUUGUUUUGAUUUGCUUAUCUUACCACAGUGGUGAGGAGUAGAUUUAGAGAAAGAUGUAAUGGAAAAGAUUAUCAGAAACCAAGUCAUAUGAGUACUAAAAUUUGGUGCAAUUAAUGAAUACAAUGGGUUUAGACCCACUCUAAUAUACCAGUCACUGCACCAAAAUUCCUUUGUUGUGGUUGUGGGUUCCAGGAAGUUAACCUUGACCCCUUACAUCCCAGCAAUAGAAGGUAAAUUUAUAAUUAGCGCCAAAUUAAUCGUAAUUAGGAUGGUUAAUUAAUCAUAAAUAAGUAUGGAUAACAAACUAUUUAGUUGCCAUUUAAUAAUUUAGACUGGCAAUAUUUAAACUAGAAUAUGAUAGUACUAAGCUGUUACAUAUCAGCAGAUAUUAGUUGUACAUAUAUGUCAUCAAAUAAUUGUGUAAAUAUUAAUUAAUAUAAUAAAAACACUAACAAGAGUGGAA